CUACAGCAUGACGUCAUAACAACAAACUUGCUAGCUCCUAUCGCUCUGUCGUGAAAGCUCGAUGGGAAAAGCAAAUCAAUUAAGAAUUGAAAUCGAAAGAUACUGGCACAUCAAUCGUCUGUAUGUGAAAUUCCUUUGAAAAGGUGAGGUUGAAGAUGUUUAUGUUAUGUAGAGCUAGUAGUAGUUAAAUAACCGCAUAUUUGAGGUAGGCUAGCCGUUAGCUAGCUAGCUAGUUUGUUGUUGCUUAGCCGCGGGGGGUUGUUGUGGGGUUUGCAUGGAUUUGGACGUUGCAAUGUAGCUAACUACCAUACAUUUGCCAUCAUUUCGAAUUCAGUCAACAGCAAACUCAUGGUGGGGAGAGUCCACUCUCUAGCUAGCUUUAAGAUUAGUUAGCUAGCUACCUUCUUAGCUAACUACCGUUACUAGCCUUUGAUCAUGACUCACGGUUCCAUCAGUACAUUUCACAUAAGUAAUUGGACGAAGGCGUCUUCUGAAGGGGGAAGUUUUGUUAAGAGCAGCGACGCUCGGUCUGAACAUUAACAGUACGGUUUUGGAAGGAUAAAUACGUUAUCUUUCAAAUCGGCGAGAAAUAAUUUUCUAAAAUCAAAAGGUUAAAUUGAUACACACCUUUCAUAGGGUUACGGUUCCCACACGAGCAUAUUUCCAUGUUACAGCUCUUGUUUACGGGAAACAGACUGGACUGACAACCUGUGCUAAUUUAACUACCAGCGUCUCCGAACUCCUGUGUGUAAACGGAAGACAGACGGCACAAAUAUGUUGUCACUGAAAAAUACAGUGUUAAAACGGUGUACAUACAGUAAGUGUGUAUUUUGCAUUUGUUAAAUGAUUUUGAUGUGAUAUGAAAGUAGAGGGAUUUAUGUUUCUAGAACCGUACGGCAAUUGAGCAUAGAUUCACGUUUAAAUUGAGUAACGUUAUUUGGCUGUUGUGGCUUCCUUGGACUAAGGAGCUAACGUUAUAGUCUUGACCUAGCUACCUAGCUAACUUUCGGGACAUGACAUGGAUUCUGCAUUUUGACAAAUGCGGUCCUUUCAGUGUGGCCAGGUGGUGUGCCCGGUAGUGACUGGCUUUUCUGCAUCUCAAACCUCGACUUCAGCAUCUUGCAGUUGCACAACCAUAUAACAGUGAUGAUGAUGCAUAGCUAGCCAGUGAAGUAUGAGGGCUCAAUUUAUGAGUUGCCACAGCGACUGCACCUCAUCACGAGUGAUACACGAUGCUGCCCAUCUUUCGUUUGUAGUUGGAGAGAAGACAAAGAACAGACGGCCAGGCCAUUCUUCCACCUGACAGCUAGCCAGCCGGAGAGACGGGGAACAGGAUAGGGAAGCAGCGCGGAGCGGGCGCCGCGGAGCCACCGGAGAAGAUGGCAGGCAGCCCGGAGAAGAGUUCCACAGCACAGGAGCUGAAGGAACAGGGCAACCGACUGUUCCUGUGCCGCAAGUACCAGGAGGCUGCCACCUGCUACAGCAAAGCCAUCGUGAGUAGCGAGCUACUGCCCUUUAUGCCGGAUAAUGUAGCUGUAGCUGACAUGGCUAGACUUGUCCGCUUGCUUUGAAAGGGUAUGACGUGAGAUAUUGACACUGACUUAUUCACCUACUGUGAAUAGAUUGAUGUACGUAUAGAAAGUAGCCUAUCCGCUGGACUGAUGCACCCUUACAACAGUAGCCUGUGCAAUAUAUGUGUGUGUGUGUAUCCUGCCAACAGAACCGUAACCCGUCGGUGGCGGUGUACUACACCAACCGGGCUCUGUGCCACUUGAAGCUGCAGCAGCACGACAAAGCCCUGGCGGACUGCAAGCACGCGCUGGAGAUGGACUCCCAGUCGGUCAAGGCCCACUUCUUCCUGGGCCAGUGUCACCUGGAGCUGGAGAACUACGACGAGGCCAUCGGCAACCUGCAGAGAGGUCAGGCUCAACCCUCAGGGCCAGUUUCCCGGACACAGAUUUAGCCUGGGCCUUCACAAAGUCUUAGAGUAUGAGUGCCAAUAUAGGCUCAGUUUGUCUUUAAAGUUAAUAAAUAAGAUUCUAUGGACGGUAUUUAUAUGGCCCCCUCAGUAUUGCCCAACAACGUAGAUGUGCAUUUUUGUUUUGAGUGCUAGUUAGUAUGCUAUGUGCCGCAAUCUAACUAUACCCAGUACUAGGUACCUCCUUUGAGGUUAUGGUACUAAACUGCAAUUGUAUAGAAUGUUUUAAUGUAACUAAAAUGUUAUUUUGUAUAAUGCUAAGAUCUGUAGAAGGAAAAGAGGCAGCAUUACAGUUUUAAGCUCUUACUUUCAACGGACAACAUUAAUGAUAUCUGGACCCGUUCUGUCGGCAGCUUACAACCUGGCCAAGGAGCAAAAGCUGAACUUUGGAGACGACAUCCCGAGUGCCCUGCGGAUCGCGAAGAAGAAGCGCUGGAACAGCAUCGAGGAGAAGCGCAUCAACCAGGAGAACGAGCUGCUUACCUAUCUCACCAAACUCAUCCUGGCUGAGAAGGAGAGGUGAGGGAGGGACCUGGCGCAACGCUCUUGGACUGAGACUCAUACUAGUGUAUGAGCAAAAUGUCUGCGCUGAUAUUCCAUUUCCUAUAGGGAAGCAUACAAGUUCAUUGCAUACCCUGUAGGUUCAUUGCAUAUGAGUUCAUUGCCAGAACCCCCUUGAAUGACAUUACAUGGGUUGCUACAUAUCCUGCCCAGUGUUCUACACAUGCAUAAUCAUGUGUGAUAAUGAAAUUGUUGAGAUGUUGGUGCAAAUCUUGGGGAUUAAGUCUGGUUAAUGCAUUACAAUUUGCGAGAGCAUUUUCUGUUGUUCAAUUCAUCUUGGGAUCUUUAGUGAAUGAUUAAGGAAAUGCUACGUCUUUAUAUUUUCUCAGGGAAGUGGCGGAUUGCCGGGAAAACAAAGAGGAGGACAAUUCGAGUGGAAGGAUGUUGUCAAGAUCAAAUCAAAACAUGCAAGUUAUGUCUAUAUCCUCCUACGUCUAUAUGCAGGGACCACUUGCCUUAAAGUAUUAAGCACUGGCGUUGCAUAACAGAAUUGCCAUCAUGUAGCCUAUUUCUCUAUAUCUCAUUGAUAUUGAGGGGUGUUUGUAUUAAUGCUCUGUGCUAGCCUCACCCAACUCUGCUCUUUCCCUAAAUAGGACAAGUUCCUUAUGGACAUGGAGGAGCUCUUUUCCCAAGUGGACGAGAAGAGAAAAGUGAGUGAUACAUUUUAAGUUAGUUGAACACACCGUUUACCGCUAUUGUAAACAAACCUUCAAUCCAGACUAAUGGUCAUUUCACUGAAUCUUACUGAUUACUCAAUAUCGUUAGCCAUAGCACAACACAGCUCUAUGCAUUACUGAAAUAAUAAUACAUAUUCGAUCUUAUUCAUAAAAUCUCACCAUUUCAUUUAGAGAAACGCAUACAAUCUGUCCACACUCUGUUUCUCUGGUCAGCUGGAUCUGACCCACCCUCUUGCUUUGACACUUAGCUGUGCCAGUGUUAUGGUUACCAAAAUAGACUAGCCCUCCACCUCCUAUUUCCAGUCCAAGCCGUUUCUACAGCAACCACCACCUCAAGUUGCUUGUCGAGGCUUGUUAUGAAGGAUUAUCGGGGCCUAUAUAUAGUUGUUGACUUGGUACAUGUAAUUGUCAUUGUCAGUUAGGAAGACUCCGUCUUGCCUCUGUCAACAUUGGUGUUUCAAACCCCUAUACUGAGUUGUGCACACCGUAGCAAAAUGUUUUACCAUGGGAAACUAGGAUUUCUUAUUGGACAAGCUCAGGUAGUCCGCCCUUUUACAGUCCGUUUUCCUCUGUUUGGUACCUAAUGAAUACAACCCAGAUCUAGGUGGUGUCUAGGGGAGUGGUUUUCAACCGGUGUGCCUUGAGGAACUCUCAGAUGUGCUGUGAAACUUUUCCUAAUUUUUAUGGAACUCUGUUAUAAAAAUGACCUGUCGAAUGCUCAUGGAAUUUUGACUUGGGAGCACCAGUGAGGCUCAGAUAAUACAUUGAAUGGCACACAUGGUUACAUCUGUAUCGAUGUUUCAAGUCCGGUGUGCUCAGGCUAUUGUUACAUUUGUAUAAUUUGAGGGACGCGCAUCACGAACAAAGCCAUUUGUAUAGUUUUACUUAACCUGUGAGAACCAUUAGCACAGGCAAGUCUGAUUAGGCUUAGCUGUACCACAGCCUCUGUCAUAGAAACAAACAAAACAUGUAUUUGUGUCGGUGGUUGCACCUUUAGAAUGCGUCCGAGGGGGCCUAAGUUACCGCUUAUACCUCGGUACACACACAUGAAUCAUCAUGAGUAAGGAACUAUGAAAAUAGUUAAAAUAAACUCUAUUUAAUCUAUAGAAAAUGUUUGUCACAAAAUAGAUGAUUUGCAGUAUGGAUCAGAUGAGAUGGAGGUCAUUACCACUAAAUAAAUAGGCCUGUGUAUCUCAGUUGGUAGAGCAUGGCGUUUGCAACGCCAGGGUUGUGGGUUCAAUUCCCACGGGGGGCCAGUAUGAAAAAUGUAUGCACUCACUAACUGUAAGUUGCUCUGGAUAAGAGCGUCUGCUAAAUGACUAAAAUGUAAAUGCGUUAAUAGGGACAUUUGAAGUGUGCCGCAGAAUCUUUUUAUCCCAUCAAGAUGUGCCACGUUUAAAAAAAGGUUGGGAACCACUCGUCUAGGGGGUAGUAUUUAUAAUUACAUGUAUGUAUAAUUGACAUGCAUGUAUAUUCUUGUACACCCCACAGAAGCGGGAGAUCCCUGACUACCUGUGUGGAAAGAUCAGCUUUGAGUUGAUGAGGGAGCCCUGCAUCACCCCCAGUGGGAUCACCUACGACCGCAAGGACAUCGAGGAGCAUCUACAGGUACAGUAUACCAUCCUUUUAUAGUCAUAGACAUCUACUCAGCAGAAGUAUAGGUAAACCGUCACCCAUUCAUAGACAUACUGUGUUAUCCACACUACCAACUACCAAUCACUUACCGCUAAAUUACCACCCAUUUAGAUAGCUAUACAUACACUUGCAGUUCCUACUCUACCAACCACUCAUCCACAAGGGUAAUACUAUCCAAAGUAAACUGUAAACCAUGAGUAAAAUGCAUAAUAAUGAAAGCUACCAUCUCACGGCAACACCAAUACCUCAAACAAUCAUUCCAUUUUUCCUCCGUCCUGUGUAGCGAGUGGGUCAUUUUGACCCGGUCACCCGGAGUCCUCUGACCCACGACCAGCUGAUCCCCAACCUGGCCAUGAAGGAGGUCAUCGACGCCUUUAUCCAGGAGAACGGUUGGGUGGAGGACUAUUGAACCCCCAUAACCCUAACCCUCUAUGGCUCAUAGACCCACACGGCCCAGAGCUGAGACCCACACCAGAAGUGUAAAGAAAAAAGGAAGAGACAGAAUUCACAAACUCCCUCCUGGACAUGCACUUUACACAGGGGGGGGGGGCGACACAAUGGACUGUGAAAUGACAGCCAUAUCGCGAGGUGAUGCCUCUCUCUUUCUAAAUUUGUCUCCUCUCUCCUCCCCUUCUCUCUUGAAAUCUUUCUUUAUCGCUUCCCUUCCUUCCUCAGAAUCGGGGGCCAUGUUUCUCAGGUCUCUCUCUCUUCCCUUCUAUCUCUCUCUGUGCCACAAUUCUCUCUGAACACAUUGCUCUGCACUCAGGUGUCUCAGAACCCUCUAAUGUAACGCUUCCAAUCUCUUCUCAAAUAUAACCAUUGGAACUAUCUACCCAAACGAUGAAAAUAUUAGCUUUUUAUCCAACUCUUACUCCAGUAUUUUUUUUGUUUACUUCAAUUUUUAAAUAAUAAUGGGUUAGUUGUAUAGUUAGUUGUACCGUAAUUAAUAAUUUCCUACAAUUCAGUGUUGGUGGUCUUGGUCAAUUUGAUGCCAAAUUGUUAUUUGACUUUUCAAACAAUCUAGUGUGGAUGUUCUUAUGCAAGACGAUAGCAAAUGUGAGAAAUUGAUUAUAGAAAAACUGACCAACCAAGUCGGUCUGCUUCAAGUCCUUGCCUGUGUUGUGGAGUUAUAACAAGAUCAUACAAUCUAGAAUGUUCCAAUCGAUGGUCAACGGUCCACUAUUACAUUAUAUCAGUCCCCCAUAGCAGGCAGUUAUACUAUGUUGAAUGUAUGCAUAUAGUGACAGUGAAUAGAUUAAACCUAUUUUAUUUUACAACAAGUUGUAUGUAUUAUUACAGUAGUACCAAAUUGCGUUAUUUUCAUCAUCCAAAAAGGAGAUUUGAUAGACAAUUCAUCAGUUGAAAGUGCUGCAUAGAGACUCUACAAGGUCCUUUCUAUUCCCUCUAUAAUGGUUCAAAUAGCUGCACUUUUAUCAUAUGAGAACAUCGUCUUUACUUUCUCUUUGAAGUUCUUGAAACAUGUUUUGAAGGACUGUGCUGGUAUUAGAGACAAAACAAUAGGUACGUGCGCUUGGACAAUGUGUUUGGCUGAUGGCUAGUAGUGCAACCGCCGGUACAGUAUGCAUUUGACAUGACAAUGGACUCCCUACAUUGCUAAGCAUGAGGUCUGCUCAGGUUGUUAAGCAUUCAGGUCUGCUUUGCAAAGAAUUGUUUCCCCCACUCCAUUACAGGGAAAAGCCCUGUCGUACAUACCUGCUUUACUAUAACCACACAGUAGCAGUAGGUAUUCACAACAACUUAACACAUGUCUAUGACAACUGACUAAUGGUCAAAGCAGUCAAAUUCUCAAAACUUUGAGAGUCUCUUAUACCUUCUCAUUUCAGUGUCUUUCCCUAUUUUGAUCUAACCUAUGGUUAGAAAUGCUGGAAGGGGGACAAUCACAACAAUCAAUGUUGCAGUACCUCGACUAUGAGCUUGGAUGUCUCUGCUAUUGACAGAUUCUCCUUAAAUAUUUCUCCUCAGUUUUUCUCAAUUAGUUUACAUAAGUCCCCUUUCAGCUGAAUGUAUGUGAUUUUAGUGAACUGCAGGUUUUGUGUUGGGGUGAGGGAUUGGCUUUUUGAGGAUUUCUGGAGAGCUUGAGAAUAAACAACUGUAUUAAAUGUAGAUAUGUUAAUUAUACACAUGACCUUGGUUUGUUG